AUGUCUGAGAUACCUGCCUUUCCCAAAUUUCUUAAGACUCUCUGUGCUAAUGGGAGGAUGCUAGAUGAGAUCGUGCAGGUCUCUAAGGAGGUGAAUGUUAAUGCUUUCAUGAUUGGGAAUCUACCUCCUAAACUAGAUGACCCUGGUAGUUUUAGUAUUCCAAUUACGGUUGGGAAUAUAUCUAUAGAUAGAGCUUUGUGUGAUCUAGGUGCUAGUGUUAGCCUAAUGCCUUACUCCAUGUAUAAGAGACUCCGCAAUGUGAAUGAAUUGACCCCUACUAGGAUGACAUUACAGUUGGCUGACCUACCUUGUCAUUUUGUAAUUAUGGACAUAAUUGAGGAUGUUAAGACCCCUAUCAUAUUAGGGAGACCAUGUCUUACGACCGCUAGCACCCUGAUUAAUGUAGAUAGGUGUAAGUUGGUUAUGAGUGUGGGGGAAGAGAAAGUCGAAUUUGCAAUAAGGGAUGUUUCGAGUGCUCUAGUCCCAAAUGAAUCCAUAUACCUUAUUGACAUAUCUGAAUGUACCUCUCGAAUCUAA